AUGUGGUAUGGGCAGCUUGUUAUUGGUCCUCCUGGGUCAGGUAAAUCAACAUACGUUGCUGGAGUAACACAUAUAUUAAAACAAAUAAAUAGAAAAACAGUAAUUAUAAAUUUAGAUCCAUUUAUUGAAAAUGAUAUAUAUGAAGCAGAUAUAAAUAUAAGCGAUUUAAUAGAUAUAGAAAAAGUAUUUUCAGAUAUGGGAUUAGGACCAAAUGGUACAUUGAUAUAUUGUAUGGAAUAUUUAUUAAUUAAUAUUGAUUGGUUAGAAGAAAAAUUAAAAUUAUAUAAAGAUUGUUAUUUAAUUAUUGAUACACCAGGACAGGUAGAAUUAUAUACACAUAAUGAUGCUUUAAAAAAUAUAAUUUCAAAAUUAAAUAAAUUAAAUUGUAGAUUAACUUCUGUUCAUAUUGUUGAUAGUACCUUAUGUUCAGAUGGUUAUAAAUAUAUUAGUUCUUUAGUUUUAUCUUUAUGUAGUCAAAUACAUCUAGAAUUACCUCAUGUUAACGUAUUUUCAAAAAUUGAUCUUUUAAAAUAUUUUAAACAUGAUCUAAAAUUCCCUUUAAGUUAUUAUGUAGAAGCACAAAAUUUAAAUCAACUAAUCCUUUAUGAAACAUAUAAAAAUUAUUCUUCAUCAGAUGAUGAAAAUAUAAACAAUAAAAUAAAAAAUACAAACGUACAUAAUUAUAAUAAUAAUAAUAAUAAUAAUAAUAAUAAUGGGACGCAAACAGAUAAUAUAAAUUAUAAUGAAUCAAAACACGAUCCUUUUCUUUAUGAUAUUAUAAAAAAUGAAAAAAAAAAUUAUAAAAAAUAUUCAAAUAAGUUUCUAAAAUUAAAUGAAUAUAUUUGUGAAACAGUGGAAGAUUAUAACUUAAUAAAUUUUGCUCUCUUAGAUAUACAAGAUAAAUUUAGUGUUCUUAAAUUAUUAAAAAUUAUUGAUGGUGCUAAUGGAUUUAGAUUUACAUCCAUAUAUUCAGAGUAUAGUUUAUUUGAUACAUAUGUGGAAAAUAUUGAAUACGAUUGUGAUGAUAUUGAGGAAAAAAUUAUGGCUACCUCUGAUGAGGACGAAAAGAAUAAAAAUUAA